CUGCCGGCCACAGCCAGCCGGCCGCCUCGAGCCCUCGACCCCCCUCGACACACCACCGGCGAUCGAGGAGCCCCCGACCAGGCGCGCCCGCACACACCCCUCGUCUCCUCUCCUGAUCCACGGGCUCGCUCGGCGCCCGGCCGGACCCGCGGACGAUGGGCAGCCUCGGCGGCGAGGAUCGGCGGCAGCCGGAGGCGCGGGGUAGGCGGCCGCGGUUCCUGUGCCUGCACGGGUUCCGCACCAGCGCCGAGAUCAUGCGCAAGCAGGUGGUGGGCAAGUGGCCCGCCGACGUCACGGCGCGCCUCGACCUCGUCUUCGCCGACGCGCCCUUCCCCGCCGAGGGCAAGUCCGACGUCGACGGCAUCUUCGACCCGCCCUACUACGAGUGGUUCCAGUUCGACAAGGAGUUUACAGAGUACAAGAAUUUCGACAAGUGCCUCGCCUACAUCGAGGAGCUCAUGAUCAAGGAUGGCCCCUUCGACGGAUUGAUGGGUUUCUCCCAGGGUGCCAUUCUUUCCGCGGCGCUUCCCGGGCUCCAAGAACAAGGGCUGGCCCUGACUAGAGUUCCCAAGAUCAAGUACCUGAUCAUCAUCGGCGGCGCCAAGUUCCUGUCGCCGACUGUGGCCGAGAAGGCGUACGCCAACAAGAUCGCGUGCACCUCGCUUCACUUCAUCGGUGACAACGACUUCCUGAAAACCCAUGGUGAGAAGCUCAUAGAAUCAUGCGUCGACCCGUUCGUCAUCCGUCACCCAAAGGGCCACACAGUUCCAAGGCUCGAUGACAAGAGCCUUCAAGUCAUGCUCCGUUUCCUUGAGAAGAUUGAGAAGGAGACAUCUGAGCAUGCGUCCACCGAUGUUGACGAAAAAGAAGUGUGCUUGUGAUAGGACGUAGGUUAUUAGCAUCUGAAUACUCAUGAUACUAGUAUUGUAGAAAUAAACAUACAACUGUAGCCUCGUUAUUUUGAGGCACGACUAUUCUGUACCUAAAUGAAGAAUAAUCAUUUUGUAUCUUCUAUUCACUUCAAUUUGCUGAAUACUCCCUCCGUUUCGAA